AUGGCCUCUCUGCAAUCUGCCAGCGCCACGGCGCCCUCGCCCUCGGCUCACAAGGGCUACGACCAAGAGAUCUUGGAUAUCGCCGGCUAUGUGCACAACCAGAAAAUUGACUCGGAGCUGGCCUUUGACACGGCGAGAUGGGUCUUCCUUGACACGCUAGGCUGUGGCCUCGAGGCUUUGCGGUUCAAGGAAUGCACUAAGCUCCUGGGUCCCAUCGUCCCGGGCACCACUGUCCCAUCGGGCACCAAGGUACCCGGAACUGACUUCCAGCUCGACCCCGUCAACGGCGCCUUCAACAUUGGUGCUAUGAUUCGCUGGCUCGACUACAACGACUGCUGGCUCGCUGCUGAGUGGGGCCACCCUAGUGACAACCUGGGUGCCAUCCUCGCCGUUGCCGACUGGGCCACUCGGACCAACAAGGCUGGCCAGCACAAGGUUGCCGGCGGCAAGAUCUUUACCAUUCGCGAUGUGCUCGAGGCCAUGAUCAAGGCCCACGAGAUCCAGGGCUGCCUCGCCCUGCUAAACUCGUACAACAAGGUCGGCCUCGACCACGUCGUCCUGGUCAAGGUUGCCAGCACUGCCGUGGUCAGCCAGAUGUUGGGCCUCAGCGAGAAGCAGACAGCCGACGCCAUCACUCAUGCCUGGGUUGACGGUCAGAGCUUGCGCACUUACCGCCACACCCCCAACACCAUGUCCCGCAAGUCGUGGGCUGCCGGUGAUGCUUGCCAGCGCGCCGUAAACCUCGCCCUCAAGGUUCUCAAGGGCGAGUCUGGCAUCCCUACUGUUCUCUCUGCCUCGACGUGGGGUUUCUACGACGUCCUGUUCAAGGGCAAGAAGUUUGAGUUCCAGCGUGGUUAUGGCAGCUACGUCAUGGGAACGUGCUCUCAAGACCGCCGUCGAGCGUCUGAGAAGCUCCAUGCCCAGCUGAAGGCCAUGGGCAAGUCUGCCGCCGACAUCAAGGCAGUCACCUGCCGGACACACGAGGCCUGCGUUCGCAUCAUCGACAAGCAGUUCAAGCCCAUGGACAACUUUGCCGACCGCGACCACUGCAUCCAGUACAUGUGCUCUGUCAUGCUCGUCUUUGGCCGUCUCACCGCCGGUGACUACCCCGACAGCUCCGAGGCGGCCACCUCUGAGCUGGUUGAGUCACUCCGUAAGAAGAUCAAGUGCGUCGAGGACCCGCAGUUCACGGCCGACUACCAUGACCCGGCUCUCCGCACCAUCAGCAACGGCCUGACCGUCGAGCUGAACGACGGCACUGUAUUGCCCGAGGUGGUCAUUGAGGCCCCGCUCGGCCACCGCCUGCGUCGCGAGGAGGCCAAGCCCCAUAUCCUCGCCAAGUUCAAAGGCCACCUUGAGCCCCAUUUCAGCGCCGAGAAGGUAAAGGAGAUUGUUGAGCUCGGCCAGGACCCCAAGAAGCUCGAGGCCAUGAAUGUGGAUGAGUACGUUGAUUUGUAUGUCACCAAGGACAGCAAGUUUGUGAAAAGCCAAUAG